AUGUUAUAUAUAUCAUCUGUUCAAUCCAAAAGAGAUAGAAUACAAAUGCUUUUAUCUAAAUAUAUAGAAGACAUAAUUACAAUUAAUAAAGAUCAUAAUACACAGUUCUACAAAAAAGUAGUAUGGAAACUUGGCAAUAAAUUAAUAAAUACAUUUCAACUAUCUAAUCAAGAAACUCAUGAACUUUUUAAAGAUUCAAAAGAAAUAAAUAAAGUAGAGUUUUCUCUUAUUGCAACAUGUUAUACAAAAGGUAUAAAAAAAUUAAAUUCAAUCUAUAACCAAGAAAUUUUAAAAACUGAAAAAAAGAUAUCAAAGGCCAAAGAAGUUGUAAUGUAA